CGGGGGUUCGAAGCUGUGCCGAUGGCUGCUCAACAAGGGAAGAACAGCUCGGCCUUGCGGGUUCUGGAGGAAGCGUUGGGCGUGGGCCUGACGGAUGCCAAGGACACCGCGUCUGCGGUGGCCGCCGAGGGCGCCUACUACCUGGAGCAGGUCACCAUAACUGAAGCAUCUGAAGAUGAUUAUGAAUAUGAAGAGAUACCAGAUGACAAUUUUAGUAUUCCAGAAGGUGAAGAAGAUCUGGCAAAAGCAAUUCAGAUGGUUCAAGAACAGGCUACAGAUACUCAGAUUUUGGAGGAGAAAACAGACCUUCCUUCAAAGCGUGUAGCACCUGAAGUAAUAGAAGACUUUCUCUGCAAUUUCCUGAUGAGAAUGGGAAUGACCAGAACGCUUGAUUGCUUUCAAUCUGAAUGGUAUGAGUUUAUACAGAAGGGGAUAACUGACGUUAGAGAUGUUGGGAAUGUUCCAGAUGUCUACACCCAGAAUAUGCUUUUAGAAACUGAGAACAAAAAUUUGAAGAAAGACUUGAAACACUACAAACAGGCAGCUGACAAAGCUAGAGAAGGGCUGCUGAAAACUCAGAAAGAACGUGAUUUUCAUCGAAUGCAUCACAAACGAACAGUCCAAGAAAAAAACAAAUUAAUUAAUGACCUCAAAGGGUUGAAGUUACAUUAUGCAUCUUAUGAACCAACUAUAAGGGUGUUACAUGAGAAGCACCACACUUUACUGAAGCAGAAAAUGCUGACCUCCUUGCAAAGAGACAGAGCAGUCAAGCAGAUGUCUAGAGUUCAAGCAACAUUGAUGUAUGCGGAACCAGGGUGUAGUAACUCAGUUCCUGAAAUUAGAGCUAUUCCUAGUCAUGAAAAGGAAAAUGCACCAGAAGGUCCUGCUCAGAAUGAUCUUCAUGAAAUCAGGGAACAAGACAAGUAUAAACCAAAGAUGAAAAAUAAAACGACCUCCUUCAACAGAAAGCAAGAGGGAGCCUGUGAGCUCAGUGCAAGAUCAGUCUGUCCAACUGCACACGUCCAUCCGCAGGAGUUGAGAGGGAACCCACAGACUUGGAAUAAGACCACACCUCUGCAAGACACCACUGGCAGGACACAGCACAGUGUCCGAACACUCAGAAUAAGGCUACCCGUCUACAGAAUAUCGUGACUCUCUCAGCAGGAGCCAAGUGGGAAAUUCUGAGCAACACAUGUUCCUGGCCUGUCUUCUUCCCCCAGUCCUCUCUUUCUUCAUCACCCAUACUCUUGAUCCAUGAUCUUUCUACUCUGCCUGAGGAGUCUGGGUCUCCCAGUUCAUCAUUUAUUCCAGAAUGCUAAUUAAUCCUCCCGCAGGCUCCUUAUAUCACAUUUUCUGACCCAAUCUUUUCUGACGCCCAAAGUUUUUUUUCUGUACUCUUUGGAAUGCAAGAUAAUUGCUCAGCAAAAUCUUCUAUAUUUUCAACUUCUGUGAAUGUUCCCUUCACAUUCUGUUUUGGGAGGUGAGAUAACUCACCUUGGCUGCUUUUAGUUUCCUCUCCCUCAUGAACUCAUCCUGCCUUGACUCGCCUAUCAUCAGAUUAUCCCACUGACUGUAACUUUUUACUGCAGGCACUUCUCAGGCCAUUUUUGGUUAAAUUUAAAAUAUGAAGUCCUGUGACAUUGUCAUUUUUUAAAGGAUGAGUCCUGCUAAACUUCUUUGUUAUUUAAAUGUUCACAUGGAUGUUCAAUCCUUCUAACACACUGGACUUUCAUUCCGUUCCCUGACAGCCUCUGUCUUAGCAAUCCUGUGCUCCAUCUGUUCUCAGCCACUCACUUCCUGGUCAUUUCUUAGGCCUUAUGAUUGUCACUAAAUGCCAUAAUUUUUCAUUUUCUCGGCUGUUUGUGUCUUAUCUUCCCGACCCCUGCAUGCUGAGGUGUUACAGAGCUCAGUUCUGGGGCCUCCUCUUUUUGCUGUCAUCACUCGCUGGCUGGUCUCAUCCAGUCUCAUGGCUUUAAACUACCAGUACGUUAAUGACUCCUUAAUUUAUGUCUUCAACUGAGAUCUCCUUCCUGAACUCUAAUUUUAUAUAUUUAACUGCAUCCUUGACCCCUGCAAUUAGAUAUGAAUUCCCUAUUAAAGCUGUCUCCUACAAUUUUCUUUACCUUAAAUGAUGGAAACUCCAGCAUUCCAGUUAGCCAGAAUACUUUGGAGUUAUCCUUGAGUCAUUUCUCUCUUAACAUUUCAGAUUAGAUAUGAUAAUACUUUUGGUUCUGUUUUUGAGAUAUAUCCAUACUUCUAUCUUAACACCAGCACUAUUGCUCCCUGUUUUUUUUUCCUCCAUCAUCUGUAGCUUACAUUAUUGCAGUAGCCUCUUAACUGAUCUCUUGAUUUGUCUUUGUUUUCCUUUUGUCUCCUUUGAACAGAGCAGAAAGAGUGAUCUUAAAAUAUAACUCUGUCCAUAAUUUUUCUCUAUUAAAAACUUGGUAGUGGUUUCCUGUCUUUCUCAGAGUUACAAAUGAAGUCAUAGGCUCUGAAGCCCUGCAUAAUUGUGCCUUUUUUUAACCUCUCUGACCUUAUUGCCUGCUACUCCCCCGUACUGAAUUCCAAUGCAGCCACAGUAGCUUCCUACCAAUUCUUAGAACACUCCAGGCAGGCUCCUGCCUGCAGGUUUUUGUACUUGAGGUAUCUUCCGCCUGAGUUGUUUUCCCUCACAUAUCCUAAUGGCUCAUCCCUUCACUUCUUUUAUAAAUUUACUCAAGUGUCUUCUUUUAGACAUACCUUCUAUAGCCCCCCAAUCUUAAGUUUUAAUGAUGCCCCUCAUUCCCUGAUACUUCCUGGGCCUCUUCCAUGCUUUGAUUUUUUUCUCUUUACAUGUCUUAUAUAUCUUUCUCUUACACAUCUGUAUUGUACUUAAUAACUUGUUUGUUGUAUCUCUUCACUAGAAUGUAAGUUUCAUGAGAGCAGGAGUAUUUAUCUCAGUGCAUGACUGGCAAAUAGUACUUAUGCCAUAAAUAUAUGUAUUUGAAUGGAUGCGUAUAUGAAAAAACGUGUUUUGUUAGUUGCUGUUAUACAGAUACGAAAUCGAUUACUCUAAGUU